AUGAAGAGUUUGGUAUACGUGGCUGAAGAAACUCUUCCCGAGGCUGCUGCUAACACUGUCACUAGACGGCUAGUUUGGGGAUGUCAAGUUGGUGCAAUAUAUAGAGCCGUAAUGCCAUCUCUGAGAAAGUUCCUGCUCAUAAAACUUGCUCAAGGCCUGACAAACCCAAGUCUGUCUUUUGGUAUCUCUGCUUUAAAGCUUUCUGAUGGUGGGGAGUUUUCCCUAAUCAAUGAUGGUUGGAACAACAAGAAAAACAAAACUUAUAAUUGCUCAUUCUUAGGUUCCGUUAUAUUGCUCCAGCAGUUGAGAAAAGGUGAUUUAGUUCAGGAUAGUGAUCUCAAUCUUAUUCUCGCACAACGGCAGGCGCUUUGCAGUGUUCGUCUCAUGCUCCGAAAUUGCCAAACUUGGACUGGGGAGCAACAAUAA